UCGGCAAAGGAUGCCCGAAGACCCCCCUCGGCGGACCUCGACCUCGACACAAGUAUAUCUGGAAGCCGACUCUCCUCUCACACCAGAUCUCACUUCGGAACCUGUACCUGGAAAAAUUAAAGUUCCCCAAAUUGGAUUAUACGAUGGGACUUCGGACCCCGACUCACACCUCGGUCACUAUACUUCGUGGAUGGAUCUGCAUGGGGCCUCAGACGCACUUCGAUGUCGCAUGUUUUCUCUUACGUUAGGACCUCGGGCUAAAAAGUGGUACAAUUCUUUUCCUCCUCAUUCUAUUUGGAAGUGGCAACAGCUGAGGUCGGCUUUCCGAUCUCAUUUCAUCGGGGCCCAAGUAUGUUUAAUUCCGAAAGAAUCCCUUGCAAACGUAACUCAAAAAGAUGAUGAAAGUGUCAAGGACUACAUCGCUCGAUUUAACGACCGAGUUCAGAAUAUAGAGCCUUGUCAUCCUGAAACCUUGCUUGUUAUGGCUAUCGUCUGGCUGAAACCGAACUCGAUUUUUCGCUGGACACUGUGUCAGAAUAAGCCAAACACCUUCCAGGAAUUUCUUGCCCGAGCUCAACAGCACAUCAUUGCCGAGGAAGCCAUGUCGGUACCCGACUUUAGUUUUAACCCGAAGUCUUCUAAGACGGGAACCGACGAGAAGAAGAAAAAUAAAUUUUUCGAUAAGCAAAACAAGGCUCAAUUUAGAGGACCUCCCCGAGGGGAUGCCAACGAUCCUGAAGUUCGAGCAGCCCGAAAAGAGUAUGCUACCGACGUGAAAUCCGGUUAUCAAACCGUGUAUUCGACUGGGGCUGCCACCAUAUACAAAAAAAUUAAAGGGAAAGGUAUCUUGCCAGAUCCCAAGCCACUUCGGAUGCCCGAGGAGAAAUUAGACAAAUCCCGAUAUUGCGAUUACCAUAAAUCGCCAGGGCACAAUACUGAUGAAU